CGUUCAGGGACAAUCAGCAUCUUCAACCCUGAAAAUUCAUCACUUGUUCUUUGCAGAUCUCUCCCAUCAAAAACCUAUACCCCAUCUCAACAUCAACAACAAAUCCUUGAGAUGUCUUCCAAGAAGAUUAUUACUGUUCUGGGUGCGACCGGCAAUCAAGGAGGCUCCGUGAUUGCAGCUAUUCUUGCCCAACCGUCGAUUGCCUCACAGUAUCGGAUCCGUGGUGUUACUCGUGAUACUGCGAAACUCUCAGCCGAGAAACUCAAGUCUGAUGGUGUAGACCUCAUCAAGGCCGACCUCAACGAUCUUUCGUCCCUGAAAGCUGCUUUCAAGGACGCGUUCGCUGUCUUCGCGGUGACCAAUUAUUGGGAAACAAUGUCCAAGUCCACAGAGGUCGCACAGGGAAAGAAUAUUGUGGACGCUGCCAUCGCUUCUCGGGUCAAACAUCUGAUCUUCUCCUCGCUCCCCAACGUCACGACCUUGACCGAAGGCAUUCUUCCAAACGUCGAGCAUUUUGAUUCUAAAGCUGAAGUCUCGGAGUAUGCAGAGGUCCAGAAGUCAAAGACAGGCAUGUGGGUCACUCAUUUCAUGCCUGGAUACUUUAUGCAAAACCUCAAGAAUUCCAUCAGCAAGGAUCCACAAACUAAUGCUUCAAUUAUGGCCGCUCCAUGGGACGAAACCAGCACGAAAAUUCCUCUUAUCGACAUUGUCUCCGACGCUGGAAAGUACGUUGCUGGUGCCUUGGUUCUCGGAUCCGCUGCCGAUGGUGCCAGGAUUCAAGCCGUUUCACAAUGGGUUACCCCAACCGACGUGGCCAGUACCAUAUCAGAGAUCACGGGCACUAAAGUGACCUUUGUGGAAGUACCCAAAGAUGUGUGGGAGGGAUAUCUGCCGCUUCCUCCUCACGCGAAGACGGAACUCGGUGAAAACAUGAUCUUGAUUAAGGACUACAAUUACUACGGAAAGGACAGUCCUGCUAAGCAGCAUGGGCAUAACGUCUAUAUUGAGGCUGUACCCGGACAGCAGUUGACUACCCUGGCCGAUUUCGUCAAGAAUAGGUUCUAAGUACCUAAGAUAACUAUGCAUUGUGCUGUACACAUGCGUAAAAGCUCCUCAAGCGGUUGUAAGGAGACAUUAGUCUUUAACAGCUCUAGCAAUCAUUCCAAUGCAUUAAAAAUAAAUAACUUGGCUCAAUACAAACACGUACGCGCGCGAAUGAAUCUACCUACUAUUCUACCUAAAUCAGCC